AAUCUAUAUAACACGACUACGUAGUCAUUCUUCAUUUCUGACUCUCCCAAAACACGACUCAAUUCUCUCUCUCUCUCUCUCUCUCUCUCUCUCAUCUUCAAAAUCAGGCGAUCCGAUUACUCGGCGGCCAUUUUCCUUCAAUCACGAGACCAAGAAAUGGCUAUAAAUGGAGCAGCACCCCCAAGAGGAAGUGCAGCAGCAGCAGCUGCCAAUCUGCGUAGGAGGAGGACGACAAGUGGUGGUGGGGCUGCAGGAGGAGCAAGCAGCACCAUGCUCCAGUUUUACACAGAUGAUGCCCCAGGACUCAAGAUUUCUCCCAAUGUUGUUCUUAUAAUGAGCAUCGGUUUCAUAGCAUUUGUUGCCGUUCUUCAUGUCAUGGGUAAGCUGUACUUCGUUCGCCAAGAGGCUUGAUAGAGAGGUUGUUCUAUGGUUGGCUCUAGCUGGCUAAAAUUACUGAAUUCCGGAUUUUGAAUUGUAGUGUCAUUACUGCUUUUGAAUAUUUGAUUAUUUGAUGAAUGAGUUGGGAAGAACAAUUUCAUCAUUAUAUUUUCUAUUUUAUUAUCA